AAAAAAAAAAAAAAAAGCGGACGGACGAACUGAGCGCAACAUCAACAUCUCACCGGGGGAAAAUGUUCCUGCCGCCGUCCUUCAGCAGCGCUGUCCAGUCCUGCAGAAACCUCCUUCAACCAUUAAACUUGUAGGAACCAGAGAAGACUGAAAACUGGGAGUUUUAAAAAAAGAAGAACGAAGUGAACACUUAACAGGGAAAAUGGCGAGAAGACUCCUGCAGCUCCUUGCUUUGUGGAUUGUGGUGAUCGGUGGCACUCAGUGCUGCCCCGAGGUCUGCAGCUGCCAGGAUAAAUAUUCCCAGAAGUUCGCCGACUGCGCUUACAAAGACCUGCUGGAGGUGCCCGACGGUCUCCCCGCCAACGUGACCACCAUGAGCCUUUCGGCCAACAAGAUCAAGCUGCUGAAGAGCAAAAGCUUCGUCGGCAUCACAGAGGUCACCUCUCUCUGGCUGGCCCACAACGAGAUCGUCACCGUCGAGGCGGGCACCUUGGCACCCCUCGUUCAGCUCCGCAACCUGGACAUCAGCCACAACAAGAUCGUUCACUUCCCAUGGGAGGACUUGCAGACCCUCACAGCCCUGCAGCUGCUGAAAAUGAACAAUAACGAGAUGGUGAACCUCCCGAGGGAUGCCUUCUCCACACUGAAAGACCUGCGGUCGCUCCGCAUCAACCACAACAAGUUCACCACCAUCGUGGAGGGCACCUUCAGCGCCCUUUCCACCCUGUCCCACCUGCAGAUCUUUAACAACCCGUUCACGUGCUCCUGCAGCCUAGAUUGGCUCAGGGAUUGGAUUGCCACGACCAAAAUUGCUGUGCCUGAGCCUAAAUCAAUCCAGUGUGAGGCCCCUGAACACCUGAAAGGAGUCAUGGUGGCAAACACUCCAAAACUGCAGUGCGAAGCCCCUGUUGUCACCAUAACGUACCAGCCAAACAUAGAGAACGCAGUCCUCUAUGAAGGGGUCUUGGUGAUCCUGAACUGUGAGGCAAAGGGAAGCCCCAAACCACAGGUCAGCUGGGAGGUAACUGCAGGAAACCAGAACUACCUGUUUCCCCUGCCACUCACAGAGGCAGACAAUGAUGGGCCGGUAAACAAUAAAAUAACUAACAACAGAUUCCUCGUCUUUAGGAAUGGCUCCCUCAUUGUCCCCCGUAUGAGUAAAAAGGAGGAUGGAAACUACAGCUGCUCUGCAGAGAACGAGUUAGGCAGAGCGGCGAGCAGCGUCAAGCUCGCUCUGACCUACACCCCAAAGCAAGGCAGCGGCUCAGCACCCAAUUCAACCCUGGACAAGAUCCGUCCGUCCGUUAAAAAGACCGAAGACCCGAAGAUUUCCAAAAACAACGUGAUCAACUGGGCUAAGCAUGAGGAGAAGACAAAGGGGAGUCCUGAUGGGUCCAAGCACAAAAGCGAGGGGGCUGGGGAUGCUGUGAAGAACCCCAGCUUUGCGAGCAAGUGCGGCGUGAGGGACGGCAGCGAAUACAUCUCCAACCACGCCUUCAACAUGAGUUUGGACGACCUGAAGCAGUACACCUUCGAUUUUGGCGUCAUCGCAUUAGAAGUGUCAGAAACAGAAGCUAAAGUGCAGCUGAACCCGUUGCAGCUCCCCAGCACCAAAUCAAACCUCCACCUGAGUCAAAGCAAAAACCAGGAAACCGUGAACAAAGAGCCUGUGGGUCUGCUGCAGUCCUCCAGCGAGGACACCCUGGACAUGCUCUACCUCUGUGUAAAUACAGGGAAUGGACACUCCCUGGUUCAGUGGUCCAAUAUAGAGGAGGGGGUCAAUUCCUACCGCUUCCGUGACUUACAGCCUGGCACCAAUUACACCCUUUGUCUCACUUCUGGAGGGAAGGACUGCCAGGUCCAAGUGGUCUUCACAACCAGGAAGAAGAUCCCCUCCCUGCUCAUUAUUGUGAUUGUCAGCAUUUUCCUCCUGGGUUUGGCCACCGUCCCCCUGCUGGGGGCCACCUGCUGCCACUUACUGUACAAGUACCAAGGGAAGACCUACAAGCUGAUCAUGAAGGCUCAGAAUCCGGAUCAGGUGGAGAAGCAGCAAGCCUCGGGGGACUUCGAUCCCAGGGCGUCAUUCGUGGAGUCCGAAAAAACCUUUAACCCCAGCGAGCUGGGCGAGGAGGAGGAGGAGGAGGAGGGGGGAGAGGGAGGGGAGGCCGAGGGGAGCUUGGUGACAGAGUCCAUCCCGGGGUCCUCCUCCAAAACCAACCAGGAGGAGUUCGAGAUGGGAUCCGAGUACAGCGACAGGCUGCCGCUGGGCGCGGAGGCCGUCAACAUCUCGGAGGAAAUCAACGGCAACUACAAGCAGCCGAGCCGCUGAGGCGCGCGAGCGCUACGGAUAUCCCGCGAGGGCUUUUUACUGUAACAUACUUUCCUUUGUCCUUCAGGUAACCCCACACAUCAUGGCCAUACGAGAAGUUUAGGGAGGGGUGGACCAUUACAAAUAUUUGUUUUAUACCUCAAAAAUCACUGAGAUUGUGAAAAAUAUGUCAUGUUGCGUUUGUAUAGAUCUGGUGUGGGAUU